AUUGAAUUUCAAGAUAAUCAUCACUACCGGGAUGCCGUCUAUCUUCCAGAAGUGGCCAGUGAACAAGGAUGGGGCCAUAUGGAAACAAUAGAUAAUUUGAUGAGAAAGAGUGGAUUUCGUGGACAUAUUUCGGAGGAAGCACGCCUAAAAGUGAAUGUUGUUAGAACUGUGGCAGAUGGUUUCGCUUAUCUCAUCAUCAGCAUCAUCAUCAUCAUCAUCAUUAUUCGCGCUCACAGCUUUUUGCAUCCAUCAAUCAUGCCGCGUUAUCUACGAGUAGAGUUCAUCGAUGGAUUACUGCCACAAUCUCUAUAA